CUUUUGGGCUCCCAGGGCGCUUUUGGUCACGCGGUUGACCUUAGCCGCGGAUGCCUAAGGCCCGGCGCUUUGCCGCGGCUUGGGCCCUGGCCACGCCAUGGCUGGCCUUCAUCGCGAGCGAUCGCUCUGCAUCGCGCCUGGCGCUGCACGCCAAGAAGGGUCCGGACGUGCGAGCGCUGCUGGAGAGCGCGGGUCUGCUGCCGCCAAAGCCCACGGAGACGUGGCUGCCUGAGGAGGAGGCGGAGUUUGAGACGCCUUUAGACCAGCUCAGGCAGAGCAUCGAGCAGAACUUGAUUCGACCCAACGUGGAGACUCUGGUUCCGGAGGGCGAGAUAGAAUUUGAGACCCCCUUGGACAGCUUGCAGAAGCUCAAUGCAAGCAGCCCGCUGGAGUGGCUGACUCAGAGCCUCCCACGGGAGAGGCUUGUGGAGGAGGGCGAGGAGAUGGCCUUUCAAACUCCGCUGUCCUUCCUCUUCCAGGAGGACGAGGACUUCGAGGAGGAGGAGAUCUGGUCCGACUUGCUGGCACCCCUGUUGAAGGGCCCAGCCGUUGUUGACACCAUGAAUGAGAGCAACUACGUGACGGUCUCGCUGGAGAAGCCGCUGGGGAUGACAGUGGAGGAGAACUCCAAGAUCUUCGGCGGGGUGUCGGUGGUGGGCCUGGAGGAGGGCUCCAGGGCAGAAGGACUUGGGCUCAUAGAGCCCGGGUGGCAGCUGCUGAUGGCCGAUGGCGUUCCCGUCCACGGGAUGUCCCUGGAGGACGCCAUACGCCCCAUCGAGGCUGCCAAGGGCCGGCUGCAGAUCACCUUCUUCACCGGCAGCGCUGAGACCUUCUAUGGCCUGCUGGGCCCGGAGCCGGAGUGGCUGUCGGCCUUUCUGCGGAAGCUGCAGGUGAAGCAUUUGGCCUGGCAGUGGCAGGAGGGCAGAGGCCCCCCGCAGGGUCGCACCUGGAGCUGGGCUCUGGAGCUGCUGGAGGAGCUUGAGGACCAGGAGAGCUAUGGCCCUGCCUGCGUGGCUGCCAUGGAGGCUUGUCAGAAGGCCUCGCGCUGGGAGCCGGCGCUGGUGCUGCUCCAAGACCUGCGAGCUGCUCCAUUUGUGCCACCGGCCGAGGCCUUUCGGGCAGCGGUGGUGGCUUGCGACCGGGGGGCGCAGCACCUCAGGGCGCUGUGGCUGCUGGAAGAGAUGCUGAAAUGCGGGGUGCAGGUGGAUGUGGCCACCUACAACAGCGCGGUCAACUCCUGCCGAGCCAUCCUGCGUACGCUGCAGACGCAGUCCAGCAAGCUGCCUGACCGGCCAGACCCGCGCAAGCGCAGAAGGAGCCUGAGGAGCAUGAGGAGCAAACGAAAGCUCGUGUGAGGGA